CACCUCACCGCAGCCAUGGCCGUCGAGCGACCCGUGCGGCUGGUGCUGGACGCGUCCCUCCUCCUCCUCGAUCCGGUCGCGGGCGGCGGUACAGGGGAGGUGGCGCCGGCUCUGCGGCCCGGGGCGGAGGCGCUGCUCCGGCGGCUGCGCUACUCCAAUCUCGGCGUGGCAAUUUGCAGUCCGAAGGAAAUGCCAAUGAAUGUGUCAGAUUUUCUGGAAAAGACAGCAAAUGUGCACUCCUUUGGAUAUACAUUACUACCUGCUCCAAGUGGGAACAUUUUACUAGAUGAGUCGAUGUUAGAAUGGAGCAGAUCAAGUUCCUGUUUUUAUGCUACUUCCAGAGUGGAUGAAGAUUUGUGUUCUGCCCUUCAGAGUCAUAAGUGGAGGGUUAUUGCUGUAGAUAAUGAACGCGGAACAGAGGAUUCUGAAGUUGUAAAUAUUAGCAAGCUUGAAGAGCUGCUUCUCACUUUGGCUACUUUAAUAAAAAAGGAAAUAUCUAGCUCAUCUGUUUUGAUGGUUGGCUAUGCAAUGAAACAAUCCCGUGAACAAGACUUCGCCAAGAGAGGAGCAUUCCCCCUUUAUCCUAGUAAAAAUGGGCUUAUCUUCGUCCCACUCUCAUUUGAACUUCCUUUAGCUUCUCAACUUAAUGAAGUUGACAUGAUCCUCCACAAAAUGACUGAUGAGAUCGUCAGCAUUGACCCAGACUGCUCCAUCAGUUUUCCCAAGGGGAUCUCAUUUUCUGCAGGAAUGUCUGAAAUUAUAAGGUUUAUGGAAGAGUACCCUGAUUUUUGUAUCAUUGAUCCAUUCAAAAACAUUUCCCCAUUGUUGGAUCGUCUUCAGAUUCAAGAAAUUCUAGUUAGAUUGCAAGAACUUGGCACUGAAGGAAGGCCCAAACUCAGAGCACCCCAUUCGUUGAAGGUAAAAAACUUCCAUGGCAGUGAGUUACAGAAGCAACUGGCGGAAACUAAUUUAUCAUUUCCACUCAUUGUGAAGCCACAAGUAGCAUGUGGAGUUGCGGAUGCGCACAAUAUGGCAUUAGUUUUUCAAGUCGAAGAAUUUAGCAACCUUAGUGUGCCUCUUCCAGCUAUUCUACAGGAAUACAUUGAUCAUGGAUCCAAGAUAUUUAAAUUUUAUGUAAUUGGAGACAAGGUUUUCCAUGCCGUCAAGAACUCCAUGCCCAAUGCAAGUUUGCUAAAAUCGUCAUCAGGAGAUGAACCUCUUACGUUUAACAGUCUGAAGACUCUUCCAGUGGCUACCAAGGAGCAGCUACUGCAGAACAGGGUACAAGAUAACAAAUCUCUGGACAUCGAUGUAGUGGAAAAGGCUGCAAAAUUUCUUAGGGAAUCACUUGGACUAACGAUUUUUGGGUUUGAUGUUGUCGUUCAAGAGGGUACUGGAGACCAUGUCAUAGUGGACCUAAACUAUCUUCCAUCCUUCAAAGAAGUUCCUGACUCUGAGGCGAUGCCCGCGUUCUGGGAUGCAAUCAGGCAGUCAUACGAGUCGAAGAAAGGGAAGGGACAAACUUAGCCAAAAGCCUCGAUGAAAAUCAUAUACAAUAUCGGCGACGACAUCCACACCAUUUGGUGGAGAACACUACUCCUUUGUGUUGAGUUGACUCGCUGUCUAGAAGCAACAGCUUGUCUCUUAGAAUCGUAGAGUACUUCGAAACUUUGCAGGCGGAGAUGUACACAAAUAAUCCAGGAACGAAAACAGAAAUAAAGCUCAAUUGUGGAUCAGUUCAAUUAAGUUUAACCUCCUUCUUUUGUUGUA